UGUGUGUGUGUGUGUGUGUGUGUGUGUGUGUGUGAGCGUGUAUUUAUCACUUUGUGGGGACCAAAUGUCCCCAUAAGGAUAGUAAAACCCGAAAUGUUUGACCUUGUGGGAACAUUUUGUCGGUCCCCAUGAGGAAAACAGCUUAUAAAUCAUACUAAAUUAUGUUUUUUGAAAAUGUAAAAAUGCAGAAAUGUUUCUGUGAGGUUUACGUUUAGGGGUAGGGUUAGGUUUAGGGGAUAGAAUAUAAAGUUUGUACAGUAUAAAAACCAUUAUGUCUAUGGAAAGUCCCCAUAAAACAUGGAAACACUACAAGUGUGUGUGUGUGUGUAUUCUUUUGCGUGAUCUUAGCUAAGAAGCAAAAUUUACAAUUGUUGUCAGAUUGAACUGCUUAUUUGAAAUAUAUUCUGUCAUCGUGAUCUUGAACAACCGGGUUGGAGAUUUCGGUCUUUCCUUACUCAAGUAGAUAGGAGCUGUACGCUUGAAUCCAUAGAAAACAGCAGCCCGAGAGCGUUCCCAAGAUGACCGCCGAGUGGACUGACUUGCCUGUAGAGAACUGUGGUCUACAUCGAUGCCGUGGUAAUAUUCCUUUGGUUUGCUUUAAGUUUAUUUUAAUUUGUGGUUUCAUAAUAUUAUUUUAUGUGUGAAACCUCUCCUGUGGAGGUUUAACGUCUCACAUAGCCAUUUACUGUGGUUACUUUGCAGUGAUUAUUCAUUUUGUUUUUGAUUAUUUAAUUAUUUGCUAAUAACCACAUGUGUUUGUCGCCCUCUGCUGGAUGCCAACAGGUAUUCUUAAGCGGUGGUUCUUUAUCUAUGCGGCAGGGGGCACCAACAUCUCUAUACAACGCAUAUAUUUAGUGCAGACGAAGUCGCUUGUUUGGAAAUAUGGCGGCUUCCGUGAGAGCAGCGCAUGAGGUGCAAUCCAGAACCCGGACCAACGAUGUUCUGAUAAACGACGGGGUCGAGUUCAGCUCUUUACUCCUCUCUAAACCUGUUCUAGAGGGUUUAUCUACCUCCGGCUUUCAGAGACCGUCUCCCAUCCAGCUCAAGGCAAUCCCGCUGGGCAGAUGUGGACUCGAUCUUAUUGUUCAAGCCAAAUCUGGCACAGGAAAGACCUGCGUGUUCACUACCAUUGCUUUGGACUCUCUCAUACUGGAAAACACAACCACUCAGGUGCUGGUUUUAGCCCCCACUAGAGAGAUUGCAGUGCAGAUUCAUGCCGUUGUCAUGGCAAUAGGCAGUGCCAUGGAGGGAUUGGAGUGCCAUGUGUUCAUUGGUGGAAGACCGAUCAGUCAAGAUAAACUCCACCUAAAGAAAUGCCAUAUUGCCAUUGGCUCACCAGGACGUAUUAAGCAACUAAUUGAGCUGGGAGCCCUGAUUACGUCGUCCAUUCGUCUCUUUGUUUUGGAUGAGGCUGAUAAACUGCUAGAGGAUGACAGCAGCAGCAGCUUUCAGGAGCAAAUCAACUGGAUAUUCUCCUCUCUACCAUCAAAUAAACAAAUGUUGGCCCUCUCUGCCACCUACCCCGAAUCUCUUGCGCAACAUCUGUCAAGAUACAUGAGAGAGCCCACGUUUGUUCGACUGAACCCAACAGACCCUGGACUCCUUGGACUGAAGCAGUAUUAUAAGAUAGUGCCCUCGCAUUCAUUGCCUCAUAAAAUAUUUGAAGAGAAGGUUCGGUGUCUUCUAGAACUCUUCAGUAAAAUCCCAUUUAACCAAGCGCUGGUCUUCUCUAAUCUACAUUCCAGAGCUCAGCACCUGGCUGAUAUUCUCUCUUCAAAAGGUUUGCCUGCAGUCUGCAUCUCUGGUGGUUUAAGUCAGGAUCAGAGAUUAGAGGCGAUGUGGAAACUGAAACAAUAUCAGUGUCGAAUUUUAAUAUCCACUGAUCUGACUUCACGUGGUAUUGAUGCUGAAAAGGUAAACCUGGUGAUUAAUUUGGAUGUUCCUCAGGACUGGGAGACGUACAUGCACCGUACUGGCCGUGCUGGGCGAUUUGGUACUCUGGGGGUUACUGUGACCUACUGUUGCCAUGGAGAGGAAGAGAACAAGCUGAUGGCCAUAUCUCAGAAAUGCUCUCUGAAUCUCGCUCAUUUACCAGAUCCGAUCCCACCAGGGAUCAUGGAAGAGGCUUGUGACUGGAAUAUAAUUGUUGAACCUCCAAAACCCACUCAAAAGAUUCCGGAUGCUCCUAAACCAGAGAAAAAGAAACGAGUCAAAUCUGAACUCACGGCACCUAAACCUUCUAGAGACUCCGACCUCUUGCAGGUCAUAACAGAGAGGUCAGCAGAUGAUAAAACGUCACAUGGAGCUAAAAACCACACGCCCAAACCUGGGAGGCAGAAACCAUUACGAUCUGCUACAAACAUUGAACCUGUUUCGAAUAUUAAACAGAGAGUUGAGAGUGACACCCUUCCCAAAAUCCCUCCACUGCCCUCCUUUAAAUCACGAGCACGGAGGGUUAUGUCCUUCAAUGAGGCUGUGGCGGAUUAUGAGAGCUUCAUAACAGAAGGUCCAGGAAGAUCUGUAGAAUUCAUUCGCCAAUAUGAAGGUUUCAAUAGGAGUCAAGAUGCAAUCGAUGGACUGCAAGACAGUUAUGAUGAUGAUGGGGAUAGAUCUAAUAAAUCAUAUGGUCAGGAGUCACAUUCCAAUCAAGAUCUUCGUCAACUGCAGGAGGUUUCAAAGUUGUUAUCUGAACCGAAGAUAGUUUCCCUGUCAUCUGAUGAUUCCUCCUCGGAGUCCGAGAUGGAGGUGGAGAGUAAAUCAGACUCUCCAGUCCUCAGCAGAUCACCACAACACAAAAAUCGCACACCUUCUCUGCCAGAAAAUGGAAAACACAAUCCUGUGGUCCACAGCAUUAACCAGCAGAAUGAAUCCUCUUCACCUGCAGUUAAAGGGUCAAAAUUGUCCAGGGUAAACAAACCAAAGCCUUGGACACCUCAAUCCAUGAAUCCUCCUCACCAUUAUAGCCCUUCCCAGAAACACCGGUCAACCUCCAAAUCCUGCAGGAAGUCUUCCAUACCACGUGGAAGGUGGGAAAAAGAAGAGACCGAUAAAGAGGACGAGGAAUGUGCAGGGCAGGAUUAUUGGAGUGCAUACAGAGUCUGGGCUGAUUAUUACAAUUCAUAUUACCAACAAUCUCCCCAUAACUGGAUGACAGCAUUUUACAUGAACUCCAUCUACAUGAUGGAAAUGAUGAAACGCUAAAAACAUGCCAUUGACUGUGAUGUGGUAUGACCUUUGACCCACUGUUGUGCUGAUGUAUUCAUCUAUAUUAUGUAAUACAGAUGAGGACGUAGAACAUUUGUUGUUUAGGAAUACUGGAUUCAAUAAAGCCUUUUUUUUGACUAAUAAAUAAGUUGAGUACUGAAACUAUAAUACAAUGACCUUAUAUGUCAAAAGAUCAAGGGAAAUUGGAUUUCUCAAAUCAUGACCCCUUUAAAUAAAGGUCAGAAAUUUAAGGGCUGUUCAGACUGAACACAUUGUAGUGUUAAAGCGAGACGAAGACGUCCGUUUAGCGCAUGUUCAUAAAAAACAAAACAGCCGAAAAACAGUGUAUCUUCCUCUAUCUUACAAACCAUCACUGCAUCCUAACUUUUUUGACCCACACAGAACAAGUUUGUACGGUGAAUAAUAGUUUGACGCCAUUCCAGCACACUGGAAUGAGCCAACCAGCACAAGCUUGCUCCUCUGUUUGACAUCGUUUUUCAGAACCUCGGGAAGCCUGCUGGUUUGCUGCGUGGUUCUCAAAAUCUUUUUGUAAAGUUCUGUAAAAUGCAGUCUUUAAUGGUGGGAGAGAAGAAUGUUGAUGUUGGACUCUUUCUGUACUGCGCACAACCGUUCACAUACUCCCUGUGCAGCUGUGUGCAGUUCUGACGCUGGUGCUUAUUAGCGUGGUUGGAUUCCAGGCCAUCGCCAUUCCUUUAAAGAAAAGGAAAGCAAGAAUACAGGAUUUUGUUAAUCUGGGCUUGUUUUUUUUUUUUUUUUUCAUUCUGUCCCUGACACUGAUUGACAUCUCUGCCU